AUGGUAGUACAAAAUACCUCACACCCCGAAAUCCAUAACCGUCUUUUGAAGCGCUGGGAUACAGAGAGCGAUGAUCGGAACCUCUAUCUCAGUCCAGCGGGAUCGUAUACCCUGGAUUUCCAAUCCAAAGACGGGAUUGUUUCCUGGGGAAACCUCGAAAUGGUGAUUAAUGGAGAAGUGUGUCCAAAGCUAUUAUCUGACUUUACAGGAUAUGGACUUUGCUAAUUCGUUCAGUGGACACCGGAAGAUAACACGACCAAGAUGUUUAUGACGAGUCGAGUAGAAGACCCACGGUUCGCUCUUGUCUUUCUUCAUGUUUGGCUUUUACAGCUUUUUCGUUGCCCAACUUUCAGUUGCCAAUUCAUUGUUUGAUACCAAGCUGACGCAUCCUCCAACACAGAGCAAUAUUUGACAUCAUCUACAGCUGUUCCCCCGAGAACGUCCUCCAGCAGGAAUUACGACUCAACGCCCGAGGCACAUUCCACGGCGGAGACGUCUGCGUACGUCUCACGACCGGUGAUCGGUAUGAGCUUCGAUAUUCCCCGCCGGGAAAUACGCCUGUGGCUCUUAGUAAGUCCUCCCUUUCCUGAAUCGCUUUGCCCCAAAAUGUACUACCACAUGAAAUGUAGUGUGAGGAGGUCACAGUGGUUAAAGAUUGGAAGUGGAAAAGUGGUAUAGCUGACUUCUUCUCAGAGACGGCGGCUUUAUGUAUCAAAGUCGCCCUGGCGAUCGUGCAGUUGAAGGAUCCUCCUAGGGGGUUAUGA